GGGCACUCUUUCACUUCCAGUGCAGACCUGCAAGACAAGCAAGAUGGCAGCGUCUAGUGCAAGAGUUGGAUCAAAUCCCAACACUACCGUGGCUGGGAUUUUCGAUUCCAUGAAUUAUGGCCCAAAUCCCGAGGCAGCUACCUCUGCGCAGGCAUGGCUUGAGAGUCACGACCGUAGUCUGGGUCACUUCAUCGACAAUCAGUGGGUGAAGCCCGCGGGCCGAGGCACGUACACCACCAAGGCACCAGCCAGCGGUGAAACCUUGGCCACUACACUCCAGGGGGAAGAUGAUGACGUCGAGUUGGCUGUGACUGCGGCUUCAAGGGCUUACGAGUCAUGGAGCAAACUGCCUGGCCAUGUCAGGGCAAGGCAUUUGUAUAGCGUUGCUCGUCACAUUCAGAAGCACCAGCGCCUUAUCAGCGUGAUGGAGAGCCUUGACAAUGGUAAGCCCAUCAGAGAAUCCCGCGACUGUGACAUCCCGCUGGUGGUGCGGCAUUUUUACCAUCACGCCGGCUGGGCGGAGCUAAUGGACGAAGAGAUGGGAGGCUGGAAGUCAUUUGGUGUGGUUGGCGCCAUUGUUCCAUGGAACUUCCCCCUGAUGCUGCUGACUUGGAAGGUCUGCCCGGCCCUAGCCAUGGGUAACACCGUGGUCCUGAAGCCGGCUACCUUCACCCGCCUGAGCGCCUUGCUCUUUGCCCAGAUCUGCGCCGAGGCGGGACUGCCGCCGGGCGUCUUCAACGUGGUCACAGGCAACGGGGCUUUCGGCAGCAAGCUGGCGGUGCACCCUGGGAUUGAUAAGGUUGCCUUCACGGGCUCCACGGAGGUUGGUCAGAUUUUGCGGAAGGCAACGGCAGGAACUGGCAAGAAGCUGUCCCUGGAGCUGGGAGGGAAGUCGCCCUUCAUCGUCUUUGACUCGGCAGAUCUGGAUGCAGCCGUGGAGGGGGUGGUGGAUGCCAUCUGGUUCAACCAGGGAGAGGUGUGCAGUGCUGGCUCUCGCCUGCUUGUCCACGAGACUGUUAAGGGCAAGCUGCUGGAUAAACUCCGGGAUCGGAUCAUGGCGCUGCGGCUCGGCGACUCCCUGGAUAAGUCCAUCGACGUUGGAGCAGUGGUCGAUCCCUCCCAGCGGGCCACCGUUGAGAAAUAUGUGGAGGAGGCUAGAGCCGAAGGGGCAGAGAUCAUUCAGAACACACAGUGUCUUCCAGCGAAUGGAUGCUUUUACCCACCGACUGUCAUCGCCAAUGUUCAGACAUCUUCCAAGGUCGUCAUGGAAGAGAUUUUUGGACCUGUUGUGGUGGUCCUCCCCUUCCGGACUGCCAAGGAGGCAGUGGCCCUGGGCAACAACACAAACUACGGCCUGGCCGCCAGCGUGUGGACAGAGAAUGUCAGUCUGGCCCUGGAGGUAGCCCUGAGCAUGAAGGCAGGCAGUGUGUGGGUCAACGGUCACAACAUGUUUGAUGCAGCCAGCGGGUUCGGAGGGUAUCGGCAGAGUGGAUAUGGGCGUGAUGGUGGCAAAGAGGGCCUGUAUGAGUAUGUGACUCCAACUUGGGCGGACAAGGUACGCCCAGGUCCAGUUGAGGUCAACUACAAGACGUUUGGGGGUCACGUGCCCGCGAUUGUGAGCGAUGCGAACCCCAGCAAGAAUGGCAUUGUUGUAGAUGGCCAGACCAUUCCCAGAGUGGACCGUACUUACAAGAUGUACUACGGUGGAGCCCAGAAGCGUCCCGACGGCCAAUACUCGCGUCCAAUCCUGAACCCUGCCGGUGAUGUCAUCGCCCAAGUGGGGGAUGGGAAUCGUAAGGACAUCAGGAACGCGGUGGAUGCCGCACACAAGGCAGCCCCUGGGUGGGGAAAGAGAGCUGCCCACAAUCGAGCCCAGAUCGUCUACUACAUGGCCGAGAAUCUAGAGCUGCGUCGGGACGAGGUGGCCGGUGACCUCAGUCACAUGACGGGUCAAACCAUGGAGGAAGCCCGGAGAGAAGUGGACCUAUCUGUCAGGAGGCUGUUCUACUGGGGAGCCUACGCAGACAAGUACGGCGGCACUGUGCAGGAAACCUUGUUGUAUGGGGCCACAGUCAGGAUCAAUGAGCCGAUGGGAGUCAUAGGAAUCGCAUGCCCUGAUGUAUCGCCCCUGCUGGCCUUCGUGUCUCUCUUUGCUCCCGCUGUGAUCCGAGGCAACGCCAUAGUCAUUGUUCCUAGCGAGAAGUACCCGAUAGCGGCUCUGGACUUCUACCAGGUGUUUGACACAUCGGACCUUCCCGGCGGAGUCGUCAACAUCAUCACCGGUAACCGUGACCACCUCACCAAAACCCUAGCCGAGCACCAGGACGUGCAGUCCAUGUGGUACUUUGGCUCAGCCGAGGGGUCAAAGUUCGUGGAGUGGUCCUCGGCAACUAACCUGAAGCGCACCUGGGUGAAUUACGGGAAGGACCGAGACUGGUCGGACAAGGCUCAGGGGCAAGGGGAGGAAUUCCUGUACCAGGCCACGCAGGUCAAGAACAUCUGGAUACCGAUGGGGGAUAUUUUUGCCAACUAAAGGCAGUUUGGCGUUUUUUUCACGGUUUGGAGCUACGGAUCUCCACGGUUUGAAAUUCGUGAUAAACCGUGGGAGUACCGUAUUCAUCCUUAGUACAUCCGUGGUUAUCCGUCAUCUUUCUUGGGUAUUCGUGGAGGGGCUUUGGAAGUUUUAAACUGUUCAGUACUUCCGUGGUGAACCGUCAUUAAAAUUAAUCCGUACUGCAACCAUAAGACAUCCAUAGGACAACCGUAUUUAUUCAUUGUGUUAUUUGUGCAUAUUCUUGGAGAUUCGUAGCUCAUUUUUGGUAGAAAUCUCUACGAAUUCGCUGCGAAUGUCCUACGGAUAUGCCCCGGAUGUGCUAGGGUUCUGCUAAGGUUGUACUAUGAAUAUGCCGUAGGAGAACCUUGGUCAAUUGGGUCAACCUUGGCCCAAUUGCAGAUAACGGUGGUGUUAACGUCACUAUUCUAUUCUUAGUAAUACCAUCGAUAUUCUUCAACAAUCCGUCUAUAUUCGUGACAAACCGUGGUGUAUACGUAGAGAAACCUUAGGACAGUCGUGGCUAUCCGUGCUGAAACUGUAGUGCAUUCUUAAAAAGUUGAUUUCUCAGUCCACGAAUCUCGAUGGUUCAUCGUGACCGAUUGAUUCUUGGUAAACCGUGGAUAUUCAUAGCUCCAACCGUGAAUGUGUGACUGGGGCUUAAUGUCGAAAGAGUGUCUCAUCUUUAGUGCCAAAGAUUUGUAAGCAUUGACAAAAUCAUGUAAUCUUGGCUCAUGUGUUAUUGAGCCAAAAGGAUAAUGCUGUGCAGAUUUGUGCCUGGAAAAAAGUUAU